UCUGCCGCGGACCAUUCAUCCCUACCAUUCGCCGUGCACGAGUCUCAACGCCGUCGCGCGCGCGUCAUCGUCGUCGUCCCCCCAGCACUCCCCCGCUCCGGAGAGAUUUCCCGCGUGACGGUCGGUGUCUCACUGUCAUAACGUACACACACGCGCACACGUCUCCACAAUAAUAUAAUAUUAUAUAUUUCUAUCCGCGUCUGUGGGUUCGCUGUACAUUUUUUAUUUUAUUUAACUUCUUACCUGACUAUCAGGUUCUAUUAUUAUUAUAGCUCAAAAUAACUCAUUGUUAUGCAAAUAUAGAUUAAAAAAAAAUGUUAUUAACACAUUUUUCGUCAGUCACUUAAUCGCAUUGACACUCGAUCACCGUGUUCGGGUACUUCGGCGAAGACUACAUCAUCUACGACUGCUACCACAACUGUUCUUUGUUAUUGCUAUUGUCUUUAAAAUAAUAUAUUGUAUUCAUACUCUGUACGGCAGUAAUAUUGUAAUCGCCGUCCACGCGCUAUUCGUCGUCGUCGCGUAGUUUCGACCGGGAUAACGGAUAAGAACUUUUAAACGUGAUCGUUGGUUUUUUUUUUUAGUUUUUCGUUCGUGUUUAUUAUUUCUCCCUCCUUCCCCGUCGAAUUUUUUGGUUUUUCUUCGCCACCGCGAUCGGUGUACGAUAUAUUAAGAGUUUCGUUUAAUCGCCGUCGUUGUAUAAGAAAUUUUGUGUGCGUCUUGUGUACACACUUAUGUGUAGGAGGUCGGGGCCUCGACUGUCGGUCGUGGACCUGAAACCGGUUUCGCACUGGAUGGAAACGGCAUCAGUGCCACCAACGUCGCCGAAACACAGAUUGAAGACGAUUUAGCAACAUAUGUUGGCGCCGGUUCCAAGGUGAAAGAGAUGACAGCAGUAAAUACUGGUUUGCCUGGAAUCCGGGUACCAUUGAAGAGCAGCUAUGCGUCUGCCAUACCACAACAAACAGCCGUGUUUAUGUAUAGCACCGCAGGUCCGGACGGCCAGACAGUCACUCUGCAACUCCGGGAGACGGACGAGACCAUUGAAUUGCCCGCGUCCAUGCUGUCCAAGAUGUCCCGCCAAACGGACACGGCCACACUGUCAAUCAGUUACCAAGACUCGUCGGAGGUACUCACCGACGGCACCAUCGACCUGCUGCUGGCCACCACACCACUCCACUCGACAGGCGAUGGCCAAAGCACGGAUUCACCUGGUUUCGAGCUGUUCGAUUCGGAUAACGGUCAUGAUCUCACGUUAUCACCACAAACGUUUACGGCUAACACCACAGCCGACUCGUUUCUAGUCAACGACAACUCAAACAGCAUAGGUAUGCCAGUCAACGAGUCCGACACAGUUGGCAGCUCAGAAGACGUUAAGUCAGGAGAUUUCAACAAGUUAAAUAUGUCAAGGCGGUCAAAACCUGUGGCGAAAGCUAUGUCUCCCAACAGACAGGGUCCCCAGCAGUGUCUUACCUGCGGGAAAGUGUUCGGGAACGCGUCUGCUCUGGCCAAACAUAAAUUGACACACAGCGACGAACGGAAGUAUGUGUGCAAUGUUUGCAGCAAGGCUUUCAAAAGACAAGACCACUUGAACGGGCACAUGCUGACGCACCGGCACAAAAAGCCGUUCGAGUGCAAGGCGAACGGAUGCGGCAAGUCGUACUGCGACGCGCGGUCAUUGCGCCGGCACACGGAGAACCAUCACCACCACCGGCCGUCGUCCAACCAGGGCUCGCCGCCCGCAUCGCCGUCCUCGUCCACCAGCUCCGGUUGUAUACAGUACGCGCCCGCGCCCAUGCCGUCGCCGCCUGCCCCGACCGCUUCGGCCACGACCACGUCUACCACGACGGCCGGGACAUCCGCGGCCAGCGGCGGAGGAACCGCGCAACACGACACGGCCACGCCCAGCCAGCUGCAGAAACUUCUCAGCGCCGAACCGUUAUCGUCCACCGUGGCCGCGCUUCCAUCAAAGAACGGUCAGACGGAAACGCAAAAUGUGGCAGACAGCGAGGACAGUUUCACUAAACAACAGUUUGAUAUUAUUCAACAGAUUAUGCAUCACACCCAACAACAAAUAGCGACGUCGACCGCCUCGAAAAAUGUAAACACGAAGAAUUCGUCAAAUUCGAAGAAUUGGAAUGGCCAACAG